AUGAGAAGAAAAAACAAAAAUGAAGAAAAAGAAGCAGAGGUCUUCUUCCCUGUCGAUGGUGAGUGCUCAGGACGGAUCUCAGCGGUUAAUCCAUCAAAAUCGGAUGGUCUUGAAGUGACCACGUACUUGAGUAAAGAUGCUAUUUCAAGGAGGAUACUUGGAAACUGUAGCGAUUCUGAAAUCCGAGAGUGUCUCCACGAAAGCCACAGAGACGACAUACACGUCUUUGCGACAGAAGAGAACGAGUUCAUCUUUCUGAAGAAUUUUGUUACCGCCACAGACAUCAAUUUAAACGAAGAUCCUAAUUUCACAAGCCAUUUUUACUAA